CAGAAUUCGUUGCCUUCAAUUUCCAGCACACAAACCUUUCUUACUUCCUAAAUCCACUGGAUCAGACAACUGAAAAGAAAUAAAUAAAAAACCCUACUUUGCAGAGAAGCGGCCAUUUCAUCACCCGCAGUUUUCUAGGAAUCAUCAUGGAUCCCGGCGGCGGAGGCGGGCUGGAGGCGCGGCGUCUCCUCGAGAUCGCCGAGAAGCUGCUCGAAGCUCGUGAUCUCGUCGGCAGCAAACGCUUUGCCGAGCGCGCCCUUGAAUCCGAUCCCCUCCUUGACGGCGUUGACCUGACACUCGCCGUGAUCGAUGUGCUUCUCGCUUCCCAACACCGUGUUAAUAACCAGAUGGACUGUUACUCUAUCCUCCAGCUCCCACAUCCUUCCUCAUCCAACUCCGCCGGCGGCGGCGGUGGUGGAAACGAAGAUUCCCUCGCCAUCAAGCGCAGCUACCGUCGCCUCGUCCUCCUCUUGAGCCCGGAUCGAAACAGAUCCCCACUCGCUAGCCUUGCCUUACGUUUCGUCGUUGAUGCUUAUGCAGUCCUAUCUGACCCCGUGAAAAAAUCCCUGCUGGAUUCCGAGAUCCAGAUAGCUGCUUCCCAUCUCCGAUCAAACGGCGCUGCUGAAGAAGGGGCGGGACGGCCGGUUCGGACCUUUUGGACCUCCUGCCCCUCUUGCUGUCACGUUUUUGAGUACGAUCACUCGUAUCUAAACCGUUUUCUUCGAUGUCGAACCUGCCAGCAACCCUUUCAUGCUACCGAGAUGGCGACGAAGCCGCCUUUGGUGCCUGGCACAGAUAUGUACUACUGCGCGUGGGGAUUUUUCCCUCUGGGAUUUCGUGGCGGUCCGGCUUUUGGCGGUCUUUCGAAUUCAGGCUCUGUAGUGUUGCCGGAUUUUGGCGAUGGGUGGAAGCCCUUCAUUCCCAUUAGCCCGGUGUGGGGAAACCAACGGGGAGGUCAGCCGGAGAAGCCCUUGAAUGCUGUGCCUGUGAACUUUGCAGCCGCCAACCAGAAUGUUGAUUCGAAUGCUGGGAAGAAGGGGAAUGUGGCGAGGAGCACGCCGGCGAGAAAUAAAAAGGCUGUUGCCAAAAAAAGAGUUGGGAACUACUCCAAAAAGUCAUUUUUAACUGGAGUAAACGAAUCGAGAAAUGAGGGAGCUGAGAUCCGGGGAGCAAGAGGCUCUGAAGCAUACACUGGUACGGGGGUGGGUAUUUCUCACUUUGAUAUUGAUCUAGAUGCUACAGAGGAUGUUCUUGGUAAUCUACAUAAUCUGCCGUAUCUGUGAGAGGAAUAUAAAAAGAUACAGUUUCCUUACUUCAUGUUACUAAGAUGGUGGAAGGCAAGGCACUGUGUUCUACAGUAUGUUUGUUAAUCUGGAGUUACUUUUAGUGGAAAUGCUUCUCCAAAUGUAUAAUUCAGGAUGGUGGGAAUUUCCUGCUGAUUCCUUAAAAUUGUUUUAGACCAUUUUCAGUUUGACUUUUUCAGGUCCCGUUCAUUCUUCAUCUUCUAGGUGUGAAUAUGGAAUCUGCUUCAUAGCUUGUUUGAACUGUUAGAUGAUUGCUAAAGGUAUGUAAUUGAUCUUCUUUAUGCACCCUGGUUAUUAGUUUCAACUCAGUUAAAAUGGAAAGGUGAGGGACUCCAUUGAUGUGACUUGGAGCAUUCUUAAGUAGACAUUGUGGGCCUUUCAUUACUCAUGUUAUUUCUACUGUGAUAAUGUUGCUCGGAUAAUCAGACACAUUCUCCUUUUACUA